AUGGCAAGUCUCUUGCACCGUCCCCCCGCAUUUCAAGCAAUCAAUGUCGAACCCGACGAAAUCGUCGAUGAGGAGAUCGACAACACUCGAGAUAUUCAGGUGGAAGAUGCCUUGAAGCUAUUCCAAACCGCCCUCAAACUACACUCGCAAGGCCCCAAGUUCUUCGAUGACGCGGCCGACGCCUACAACGCCCUUUUCGGCUCUGAAAUCUUCAAAUAUCCAGAGGCAAAGACCGAGUACGAGCGGGCCGAAGCGGGUGAAGAUGGCGUCCUGGCUGUUGAGCCCACGUUUGCGACAGUGCUCGAUGCCGCUGCCGCAGAGACCGACACCCUGAGCAACACCCUCCCCCAAGCCUUCUACCUCGCGUACAAAAACCACGGCCAGUUUAUUGUCGAUCGGAUUAGGCGCAAGAUCCGAAAAGCUUUCGUGGCCAAGUCGGCCGCUCUUGAGGAUCCAGCUGUGUUGGAAGAUGCCAGGAAGGCACUGGAGGAUUUCAGCGCCGCGCUCGACCGUGACCCCUCAGACGCCGAGUUAUGGAGAAAAACCGCCCGCAUCGCUGCUUUCCUGAAGAGCAGCCGGAUUAGUCGCUACAGCUUGGAGGCUGCCAUCGAAUUGGACGAUGACCCUGCGGUGGACGAGGUGGAGCCCCCUUCGUUGGCAGAAGGAUAUGCGGGCGAGGAUCUCAAAGACCAGCUUCAAGUCUUGGGGGAUGAAAUGGCGCUGGGCCAUCCGAUAAUGAAGCCCUUUGUGGAACGAGGACUUCCUCCCAUGCUGAAACGGUAUCAAGAUCCAAUACCCUUUCUUCCGAAUCCUGCAAAGUCAUUGGCUGUGCCCAAGAAACAGACAACAGAUGUCCCACCCCCACGACAUGUUAUUUCUGCCGCGAGCCCCUCCUGGACAGAGCUGGGUGCGGCCAUGGCAUGUUUCGUCGAGGAAGAGGGGCUUUCCGGACAGGCGGUAUUUUUGGAAAUUCCAGAUGCGGCCGACGAUGAGGACAUCCAGAUGGAAAUAGAUAUGCAACUUUUGCCUCCGGAUUCCUCGCCUCCUCCCGACAGGUCAUCUGAAUGUGCUGUAAAAGACGAACAAGCUUCGGGCGAGCAAUCCGAGAAACCACAAGCGGCUGAGAAAGAAUCCACGCCAAUGGUGGCAGAGCCGGCAUCCCUGGGUGAAGCAACGGGCAAGGAACGUGCUUUGCCUUCCAGGAAGCGUUCUCAGUCAGUUGCUGGGCUUCCCGAUCCCCCGGAAGAAGAGGCGGCCGAGGGUAAGCGGAGCAAGCGGACUCGACGGCGGGAAACAGCGCGACGAGAAACAGCGGCGGAAGAGAUUGUGGAUCCUGCCCGGCUUCUCGCGACGCAAUUGCAACCGUUACAGGCCGCUGACCAGAAUCUGUUUCAAACGACCAAGAAUCUUCUGGAGAAUCUUGGAGUAACGGACCAUGUGACACUGGAAAGAAUAGCUGAGGUCCUUGAUUCGUGUGCGUCUGACGACCGGAUGGGGAAGAUUCAGAAUCUAUCAACCGUUGAUCUUCGAGAUUCGAUUCUCCAGUUUGACGAGGAGAAUGCCACUGUCCUGCUAAGUAAGCGUGAGCGCCCGCAGCUCAGUCUCUCAGCCUUCCUUGAGCACACCAAGUCAGGGUCUCAGCGAGCAAAUGAGGCCCCGGUGUUCGAUGAGACCCGGGGCGUUCGAGCUUUUGUUGAAAAGAUCAACAAUGGAUGGUACCCAGUUCAAGACGUGGUGUUUGAGUUUCUCAAGAUCAUUAUGCCUACAUACACUGGGACCAAAUGGCCAGACCACACCAAGACAGCGCUGUCGGAUGUUAUCACACAGUUUGGCUCCAGCAUAUACGAGAGGGUCACCUACGAGCUCGACUUGUGCCUUGCGAAGGGCGACCAUGAGGCGCAUCUUGAGUUAGUCAAGCUGGUACAUAUGGUGUUUGAACUCUACCUGGACGUCUAUGAACGCACCACCAACCCUAACAGCACGGUGGAAGAAAGCACCAAGGUUGAGAUUCAGCUGCGUGUGGACAAGUGGAUGGACCUCACGACGGAAGUCACAAGACAACGGAAUCCAAACACAGAUGACGAGCUCUCGUCACGCUUCCUGUGGGCUGGAGUGUAUGCCACAACAUUGGCGAAAGACACACCACGAGAUCAUAUCCUCAACUGCUGGCACAGCAUGUACGAUCAUCUUCUCGAGUCCUCCAUCAGCGAAAUCACAUUGCCCAACAACGCUGUUAUGCCAGAAAUUUCAACCGCUGCUGCCGAACGCGAGAUAUCAAAGUUGACGACGAUGGACUUCUUCUUGGGUCUCUUCCAGGAGGACAUGGGUGAUCCAACCUCUGUGAUUGACAGUCUAGAACCGGUUUUGAACCCGGAAAAUGUUUACAUCACGGUGCCUGGCAUGUCGGAGCCAAAUGGAACCGACGGUGACCACUCAUGGGCAAAGCAACAGAAGUUGCCGCUCUUGGAGUGCGCAAGCCAGAGUCUGACGGACUUGUGGAAGUUCCUCAAGCGGAGCAGCACGGAGCUCAGGCUGUUGCUAUGGUCACGACUGGGCGAGGCGUACGGCAAGAUUAGCUAUGCGACCAAACAGUUCUCGUGCUUUUUGAGGAGCAUCGAAACCAUCAUCACCGACUUUGAACAUGUAGAUUACCUCGAGACACCACCCGAACCAAGGAGGGCCCUGUUUAUGACCAUGAUCAAGGCGCUGGAUGAUCUGAUCAUACAAUCAUUGCACUUGGCCUUGAACGACAACAGCGCAUUCGACAUCAUUGAUGAGGAGCACUUGAAGUCAACCCUCUCGGCCCUCGCCAAACUCAGCUGCCUCCUUCAUGUAGCAGCCAUGUACGAGAACGAGACUCGCAUCGGGAUGAGACCGGCACCGGCCAACAACUCAACUCUACGAUCGUUCCUCAACAAGCUUCAGGAGAUGCAGGUGAGAACUUGGUCCCUUCAGUAUACCAUGCUCAAGGUCGGCAUUCAGCAGCAUCCAGACGCUUUCCCCAACUAUGAAAACGACUUGGCCGAGUACCUGGCGGCCGUUCAUCAAGUUCUCGGUCUGCGCAAGAGCUGCAAGUCGUCCAACAAGAUCUUCCUCAAGAUGAUGCGGGUGGAGCUCCUGAAGCAGAGGAACAUUGAGAACUGGGAAGAUUACCUGGGGCAGGUCCUUUACGAUCUGCAUGGCUUGAAGCUCGGAGUUGGUAUCUGGGAGGUUCAGGAGCAUGGCUGCGAGCCUGAGAAUCUCGAGAAGCGCCAGGCUCUGCAGCUUGUCGAGAAGAUCACCGUCCUUGCCAACAGGAUGUCGAUGAAGGAUCUCCUGAAAUCGGAUCUCAAGACUACGAUUGAGCGGAUGCAGCAGGCGAUUGGGACUACCAAGUCCAAUCCCCAGAUGACGCACAAUCUGCGCAAUUACACCGAGUACCUCAAGACUCCCAUUCACCCCUUGCACCUCUUCCAGGCGCUCGACGGCAGUAUCGACCUCGACGCCGUCACCAUUAACACCGUGGACAGCGCUCCCGCCAAGCACGGGUGGUACUUCCUCCUCGGCAUGAUCGGUCUCACCAAGUUCAAGGGCGUCGAGCUCGCGCGGCGCCAAACACCGGGCGCUACUGACGAUCUCCGCAUUGGCGCCACGUACCUGCGCCUCCAGCUUCAGUUCACCCCCGACCGUUGGGAUGCGUGGUUCCGUCUGGCCGAGUGCUUCGAUUAUGAGCUGGACGAGUCUGUUCUCUGGAGCGCGGACAAGAUGAACAAGGACCGGGCUGAGCUGGUGAAGUUCCAGCGAAGUUCUAUCCAUUGUUACACGCUGGCGUUGUCGCAUUCGUAUGCCUGGUCGGCUGACCCGCACGCGUAUGGGGCUUCAGAAGAUGAGAAGGAGGCGCUGAACGACAUGUACCGUGAGUUUGGCAUGCGGAUGUAUGCCUCCAGCCGGGAGCCGUUUGCGAUGGAGCCGUUCAAGCACUCUGAUCAGGAGAGGUGGUUUAUUGAGCCAGAAGGGAUCGAGACUUUCCGACGGAUUCGUCACAACGAGAUGACAGACUAUCAGGUCUGGAAGUUUGCGGCUCACUUGUUCCGCAAGGCGAUGGAGGGCAAGCCAAAGGAGUGGAAGAACCCUUACAUGGUGGCGAAGUGCCUGUGGAAGAUGUACACCAAGGCACCCGAGGAGCUGGAUGAGAAGACUCGCCGGCAUCGUCCCACAGUGAAGAUGAUUCUGAGGGCGCUCGAGAAGACAGUGGAGGUGGUGUCGGCGUUGCCGAAGCCUCGCAGUGGUCAGGAUCCGAUUCUCGAGCCGCACUACAAGAUUGUCUCUGUGGUUGACAAGCUGGUUCGUCGGGGGGAUUUACCCCGUCAAGAGGCUGCUGAUCUUCUUCAGCGGCAGCCGUACGCUAUCGACAGAGGGAAACCAGUUACGGUCGAUACCCCUGAGGAGUGGGAGGCGUACAUUAUCCGGUGCUUGCGGUACUUGCGAGACAAGGAUAAGUCCAACUGGCAACAUCGCAUUAUCAUGCGGCAUGCUCGGGUGCUCUUUCCCGACUCCGUGGACGAGAACGACCCUGCCAACGUCGACGCCGCCAAGGCAGCCUUUGCCGUCUUGAGAGAAAACAUGUUCACCAAGACCAUGGUGAUGAACGUCUGGAAGUGUGAAGCCGAGCGUUCUGGUCGGCACUACGUCUACACCUGGCGCUACAUCAAAUACGUCGCCAAGAUCCUCGCCGCCCUGAACGACAGAACCAACCUCGAGGCUGUCCUCCGACGUAUUCGCAAGCGCGGCGCCGACUUUUACUACUUCAACGAGCUCUGGCAGUACUGUGUCCAAAUCUACCUCAAGCUGAUCAGGCAAACCUUCAACGUCCCCUCCGCCGGCGAGGACGCCUUCAAGACGUUGAAUACCGAAGAAUUCGACGUCGUAGGCGAGAAAAUCACCGAGUGGGCCACCACGCCCGCAGCAGAAUCCCACCCUGCCCUCAACGCAAUGAAGGAAGCGGUCGAGCUGAAGAAGUUGAACUCCAACCUCAUGAAGGCGGGUCCCAUCGACGACCUGAUCACAGACUGCUACUCAACCAUCUACCUCGAUGUCAGACCUGAGCUGCCCCGGCCAGCGGAACAUAGCACCGAAACCCAACCGGGUGAAGAUUCCUCUCAGCAACCACCACCGUCCGCUUCUCAAGACGGGGUUGGGGUUGGGGUUCCGGCGGCGGAACUCAAAAGCAAGCUCCUCCAGAACCUGGUCGCCCAAGAAGAAAAGACCGUUCUCGGCUCGUUGCGGGCGGUGUCGGAGCAGCCUGAUCGUUCUGAAAAAGCGUCCGUGGCAGGGGAUGCAGCACCGCGAAGCCACAGACUGGGUGUUCGUCGGCCGAACAUCCUGCGCAAGGCGGACGAUGCCGUGCAGGCUGUUUUGCGGGUUGCUGAGGCGCCAAAGUCGGCGGUUAGCGGUGCCUCCCGCGGCAGAGGUAAAAAUGGGCGGACGCCAAGGGAGAGUGAGGAUGAGGAGGGCGAGGAGGAGGGGGAGGAUGUGGAGAUGAAGGAUACCGGUGCUGCUGCGGGUGGACAUUUGAGGAAGGCGAGUAAGGCGAGUAAGGCGAGUAAUAAUGCUGGGGGGGCUGUGGGGGUUGGAAGCGAAAGGUCGACUCCUGGGCCCGGGGGUUGGAAUGAUGAUGAUGACGAUGAGAGUGACUUGAGUGAUGUGCCGCCGGAUUAUGAGGAUGAUAUUCCGGAGAGUCUGCUGUUUCCCAGUUUGGGGAAGGUUGCUAAGGUGGAGAGCGAGGGGGAGGAGGAGGAAGGGGAGGAGGAGGAAGGGGAAACGGUCAUGGAAGGGGAGGAGACGGUCAUGGAGGAGGGGGAUCAGACUGCUGAAUUGGGGGAUGAGAAUAUGGAGGAGGACGAGGAGGAAGAAGAGGAGGAGGAUGAAGAAGAAGAGACCCAUGCUGAAGAUGGACCAGAUGAGGAAAUGGUGGAUACCGAGAUGGAAGAUGUGGGACCUCGAUCUGAUCAUGAGGACGAGGUGGUGGAUGAGGUGGAGGAGGGGGAGCAGGCUGAUGAUGAGGAUGAUGAGGAUGAUGAGGAUGAAGAAGAUGGGGAGGAGGAGGAAGACGAGGACGAUGAUGAGGAUGAGGCGGAAGAGGCUGAGGAAGAAGAGGAGGAGGACGGGCAUGAGCGGCCAGUGGACAUGGCGGAGGCUGGAGAUGGGGAGGAUGAUGAAGAGGCUACUGAGGAUGAGGGGCCAGAGCAAGAUGUCGAGUAG